AUGGGGAAAUUAGAGAAAUCAGCAGGCAUUGCGCAUGCGUAUGGCCUGCAAGGGAGGGAGGACAGAAAGUGGAGGCAAAAGCAGCCAAAUGAGUGUGUGAUAAAUGAGAUUGUGGUACUAUUAUCUUGCUGUUUUGUAGUUGCCUUUGGGCUGCAGAAAUGGAAAAGCUCAGUCUCCCUGCAAGCAGAAAUGCCCCCUUGCGACUUUGUGCCUGAAAAAUACCAAUCCUACACAUAUGACCACAUGCUGAAGAUCCGUGAACGAAAUCUCUCUCCUACCCUGUUAAUGGUUUACAAGAAGCCGCUGUUGCUGCAUCAAGGCCACAUGCAGUGGCUGUUUGAUUAUGAAGGACGAAGAUACCUUGAUCUCUUUGCUGGAAUUGCUACCGUCAAUGUUGGUCAUUGUCACCCGAAGGUAACUGCGGCUCCCCAGAAACAGCUUGCCCGCCUCUGGCAUACCUCUAAUAUCUACAUGCACCCCCCAAUCCAGGAGUACGCGGAGAAGCUAACUUCACUGCUCCCAGAUCCGCUUAAGGUGGUUUUUCUGACCAACAGCGGGUCGGAAGCGAAUGAUCUGGCAAUGUUCCUGGCAAGGUUACAUACUCGUAGCUUCGACAUCAUCUGUUUCAGAGGAGCGUACCACGGAGGCAGCCCCUACACGCUGGGAGUGACAUCUGUUGGUUACUAUAAGCAUGGCUUUGCCAGUGGCUUUGGCUGCAUAACAACAAUGUUGCCAGAUGUUUUUCGUGGUCCAUGGGGAGGCAGCCACUGCAGAGAUUCUCCAGUGCAAACUAUUCGAAAAUGCAGCUGUUCUGAAGGUGUGUGUCAUGCAAAGGACCAGUAUAUUGAACAGUUCCAAGAAACUCUGAAUACCUGUGUGCCAAAAACAAUAGCUGGAUUUAUCGUUGAACCAAUUCAAGGUGUUAAUGGAACUGUUCAGUACCCAAAAGGUUUCUUGAAGGAAGCUUUUCAGCUAGUACGGGAAAGAGGAGGGCUCUGUAUUUCAGAUGAAGUGCAGACAGGAUUUGGACGGACAGGCAGCCAUUUCUGGGGAUUUCAAACCCAUGAUGUACUCCCUGACAUUGUUACGAUGGCAAAAGGAAUUGGGAAUGGUUUCCCAAUGGCAGCAGUUGUUACAACAAAAGAGAUUGCAAAUGCCUUGGCUCAGAACCUUCACUUUAAUACGUUUGGAGGAAACCCUGUGGCUUGCGUAGUAGGAGCUGCAGUUCUUGAUGCUAUUGAAGAAGAUGGGCUACAACAAAACAGUGAGGAGGUGGGAACAUACAUGCUUCUAGAGCUUGCUAAACUCCGGGAGAAGUUCGAAAUUGUUGGAGAUGUCCGUGGCAAGGGACUUAUGAUUGGGGUAGAAAUGGUCACAAAUAAGGGCAGCUGCCACCCUCUUCCAAAUGAAGAAUUUGGUCAGAUCUGGGAGGACUGUAAGGACAUGGGAAUACUGCUUGGCAGAGGAGGGCUCUAUCGUCAGACAUUUAGAAUUAAACCUCCCAUGUGCAUUACUAAAAAGGACGCAGACUUUGCUGUGGAAGUAUUUCGGACUGCAUUAGAGAAACACGUGGAAAGAGCGGCUGCAAAAUAAGACUGGAUUUGGUGCCUUG